AUGCGUUCUUUAGCUUCUUCAGUACUGCGCCAGGUCGCACGGGGCCGGACGGUCCUUCCCCGGCGCACAUUCGUCUCCUCGGCCAGGCGGUUUAAUUCCGAGGGAAUCCCCACAGCUCACGACCAUCUGUCCCAGUUGAUGGAACAGGCAUCGCAACAGGAAUUAAUUGACAAGACCCGUCACCUCACAUUUGUGCACGAGAGAGCUAGCCAAGGAAACGAUUCCUCUGAAGCGGAGGUCAUUCAACCAAACAGACUUACUGCCGAACGGGAUUCCCUGCACUUGUAUUCGUUCGCCCAUGGAUUCUCCAGUUUCCCAUAUUGGUACCUGCGUGAUGUCUGUCGAUGCCCACGCUGUGUCGAUCCGCACUCAAAGCAGCGCUCGUUCAGAACCAGUGACAUUCCCGCCAGAAUCUAUCCGCGGCACAUGCGCUGGGAUGGUACUACUUUGGACAUCAAAUGGGCCAACGAUGUCUCCGGAUUAGACGACUUUCAUACCACAUCAUUGGACGUGCCGACCCUUAUGGCUGGCCCCAUCAAUACUCACGACAACAUCUCCAAAUCUACCACCCCCCUUAUCUGGGGCGACACGAUGAUGAAGGACCUUCAACACUGGGUUUCAUUUGACGACUACAUGUCAAACGAUGCCAAGUUCGCCGAGUCAAUGCGCAACCUCCAGCGCAUGGGCCUGAUCUUUAUCAAAGAUAUCCCGAAAUCCCGAGAGCUGGUGAAGAAGAUCUCGGAACGCAUGGGCCCUGUGCGGAACUCUUUCUACGGAGAGACCUGGGACGUGCGUACAGUGCCGCAAGCCAAGAACGUCGCAUACACAAACCAACACCUCGGCUUCCACAUGGAUCUACUAUACAUGAACGAGCCGCCCGGAUAUCAACUCCUGCACUGCCUGGAAAAUUCCUGCGUGGGAGGCGAGUCGCUCUUCGCCGACUCCUUCCGCGUCGCCGAUAUCAUGAAAAGACAUUAUCCCACUGAGUACAAAACACUGACCCGAAGACUUUUCGGCUUCGAAUACAUGCACAACGACCACAUCUACAGCAAUACGCGACCACUAUUUGAAGUCGACAAGGUGACCGGACAACUGCGCAACGUCAAUUAUUCCCCUCCAUUCCAAGCGCCCGUUCCGAAAGCCAGAGAAAAGGGCGUCGACAAUCAUGUUGAUUUCAAGCAAUUGAGACACGCGCUGAAGACAUUUACCUAUCUGCUAGAAAGCCAGCCGUCGAUUUUCCAGCUGAAGCUUAAUCCUGGCGAGUGUGUGAUUUUCGCUAAUCGUCGAAUCGUCCAUGCUCGGAAUAAGUUCAAUACCUCGUCUGGUUCGCGCUGGUUGGCGGGCGCUUACGUUGACGAGGAUGCAUUGCUAUCCAGCUUCGCCACAAAUGCGAGAAAAUUCCCUGCCCAGUGGAAGGAUGGCGAUCCCAUGAGGUCUGUGAGAAAGAUCAAGGCCCGCAUUGCGAAGGAGAAGCAGAUCGCCGUUGCUGCUAUGCAGCAAUCUCAGACUCAAAGUGCAAAGGUAGAGAAUGUGGAAGAGACCAGUCGAAUUGAAUAG